CGCUCUCCUUAAAUAAUAUUAAUGGCAUCAAACUCUAAAAGCUCGAGGUCGACAUGGACGUUCAAACAGAACAAGAUGUUCGAGAGAGCCUUGGCAGUUUACGACAAGGACACACCAGACAGAUGGCACAAUGUGGCAAACGCGGUCGGAGGGAAAUCUGCAGAGGAAGUUAAGCGUCACUAUGACAUCCUCAUCGAAGAUCUCAUCAGCAUCGAAACUGGUCGUGUUCCUUUGCCCAAUUACAAGACCUUCGAAUCUAACUCAAGAGGCAUCAAAUGACCUCGACACGAGGCUAAUGAAGAACUUGAAGAUCUAAUCAAGUCAAGUUAAUUGUGUUGAAUUCUAAAGACUCGGAAGAAAUGUCACAUAUUCUCCUGUCUACUGAUUAAUGCUUAUGUACUAUAAUUGAAGAAUUGAAACUUGGUUAAAGAUUUUAAUUAGGGAAGUUUGGAAAAAAGAACAACUAAACUAUGCUAUUGUGCCUUUAGUACAAAA